AAUACAUCUGCCUGGAUGCCAUCCCCAGUUACAAACCACAACUGUCCACCUGGACUAGAAUACUUGAUUCAGAUUGAUCAAAUUCUAAUUCAUCAACAGAUUGAGAUACUGGAACUCUUCACUGGCUUUGAAACAAGCAACAAAUAUGAAAUAAAAAACAGCACGGGUCAGAGAAUAUAUUUUGCUGCAGAACAGAACGAUUGCUGUAAUCAAUAUUUCUGUGGAUCUGCCCGAUCGUUCACCAUAACUGUUGUAGACAAUGCCAAUCAGGAAGUUAUGAAACUGAUGAGACCACUUAGAUGCGACUGUUGUUGUACUCCUUGCUGCCUGCAAAAACUUGAAGUGCAGGCCCCUCCAGGAAUACCAGUGGGCUAUGUUAUCCAGAACUGGCACCCUUAUUUGCCAAAAUUUACCAUCCAGAAUGAGAGAGAACAAAAUAUUUUGAAGAUCGUUGGACCAUGUGUUCUCUGUAGAUGCUGCUCAGACGUCACAUUUGAGGUUAAGUCCCUCGAUGAACACUUUAACGUAGGGAGGAUUUCCAAGCAGUGGUCUGGUUUUGUGAAUGAAAUGUACACAGAUGCUGACAAUUUUGGAGUGCAGUUCCCUUUGGACCUUGAUGUGAAAAUCAAAGCAGUUAUGCUUGGUGCCUGUUUUCUAAUUGAUUUCAUGUUUUUUGAAAAAACGGAACAUAACUAA